UCUUUAUCAACAACAACAACGAUAGCACAACAACAACAAAACGACAGGAUCAAGGUUUCUCAGGGACUAGUAGUAAUUUCGAGAGAAAAUGUCACUGCUUUGUGAAAAAUGUCCAAUGGUGAUAGUUUCUGGUAAUUCCCACCCAGAACUUGCGCAAAUGAUAGCUGAGAAGCUGUCAAUGCACCUGUGUGACUGCUGCUGUUACAACAAAGCCAACAGAGAGACAGCAGUUGAAAUUAAAGAGUCAGUUCGUGGAAAAGACGUCUAUAUUAUUCAAACCGGAACUAAGAAUGUGAACAAUGACAUGAUGGAGCUGCAGAUCCUGGCCUACGCGUGCAGGACCAGCUGUGCACGCAACAUCGUGGGCGUAAUACCAUACCUGCCUUAUUCUAAACAGAGCAAAAUGAGGAAAAGAGGCUCCAUUGUUUGUAAACUGCUUGCAAAGAUGUUGAGCAAAUCAGGCUUGGACCACAUCAUCACUAUUGAUCUCCACCAGAAGGAGAUCCAGGGCUUCUUUGAUAUUCCUGUGGACAACCUGCGAGCCUCCCCCUUCCUCAUAGAGUACAUCCAGACCACGAUUCCAGAUUUUAGAAAUGCUGUUAUUGUGGCACGCAAUCCAAAUUCAGUGAAGCGGGUAACCUCAUUUGCCGAGCGUCUGAGAUUGAGCAUUGCUGUAAUUCAUGGCGAAGAAAAAGAUGAAGAUGAACCGGAUGGUCGUAACUCUCCUCCACCCGUACAAGGCGCUGAUUUUGCUUUUAAUCCAAUUCCUGCAAUACAAGCCAAAGAAAAGCCACCUUUGAAUGUGGUGGGUGAUGUUGGUGGGAGGAUUGCUAUUAUUGUGGAUGACAUGAUUGACGAUGUGCAGUCAUUUGUCUCCAUAUCAGCUGUGCUGAAGGAGCGUGGGGCCUACAAGAUCUACGCAAUGGCCACCCAUGGACUGCUCUCCUCCGAUGCACCAAGACUUAUAGAGGAUUCAUGCAUUGAUGAGGUGGUUGUGACUAACACAGUUCCACAUGAGAUUCAGAAGAUGCAGUGCAACAAGAUCAAGACGGUUGACAUCAGUGGCAUGCUUGUGGAGGCCAUACGUCGCAUACACAACAAGGAGUCCAUGGCAUACCUCUUCAGAUACAUUGGCAUGGACGAUUAAAUAAACAAUACUAUAAAUCUUAACAUCCAACUACAUGUCAAAAGAUAGACACGCCUUGUCAGCAAUUUUGUAUAAUAGUAGCCUGACAGAUUGAUUGAAGGAUACAAAUUGUCACCAUUUAGAACUGGUUUUCCAUGACCAGUCAAAGAUGUAAACAUAGUUAUUAUGUUCUUUUAAUGUUUGUAUAAAAUGUUGUAGAACAGGCCAUUUAAGACUUCACUGCAAUCAUUGAUCUGUAUUACAGAUACAGAUAUUCAUGGUUGUGUGUGUCUCCUAGAUUAAAUAGCAUGUGGUCAGAACAUUUAAUUGUGCUUAUGAUAUAUUGACCCAGAACAAAAGUGGGUUAUGUAAGGUAAAAACAAGCUCACUAGGUGAAAUUGAAGAAAAAUAUUGUGAACAGACUAGAAUUCAUACUCAGUAUUGUUUCCCCAAUCAUCUUGAAACUUGCUCAGAACAUGUUCUCAUUGUUUGCCAAGUUCAGUCAAUUAAAACAAAAUGACUGCAGGGUCAGAUUUCUUUAUAUGACUUGUGAAACCUUGUUAACACUCUAGAACUCAUGUUGGCCUUAAUAUAAAUAAAGUGUAACAGACGAUU